AUGACUCAAAACAAUGAGGAAUUGCCUUUCAAUCCCUUCAACCCUAUUAAAACAUACAGACUCUAUUCCUCAAGGAGUCAAACCAUUCAUCAAACAAAUAGGCAGAAUUCUGUUCAAUUGGUUAAACAAUAAAAUGGUUCCACCAAUCCCUAUAAUCAAAUGGGAAUCACUAAUUAUGCAUUGUUUAUAAGAAACUCUGAAAACAAAGGAUUGAAAUCAGAUCAAAAUUUCCAAGCCUACAUCUAGAGAUUGGAAGAAAACAGAAAACUGUCUAAGAACUUAAUCCAAAAAACAAAACAGCAACAAAAACAUGAGUCAAUGUAAACUCAAUAAUUCGAAGAUGAUACUAAGAAGACUAGUCAUGGACCUUAAAUUAAAAAUACAGCUAAGGAUCAAAAGAAGGAGAAGUUUUAACAUCAGAUCACUGAAAUGAUUGCAGAAAUAAAGAGUCCCUUUUAUAAGAAGGGAAGGUACUUAUUGAAUGAGGACAAAGACAAAGAAAAGAAAUUGGCAAAACCAUUAUUUUAUGGAAUCCAAAAUCAAACUAAAUAAUAACAAAGACGAAAACUGGUCUUCUCUUAAAUUGAUAUAAACAAAUUAAGAUACAAGAUCUUUUUUGAUGAUUACAAUCCAUUAUCACGAAUGGUCACUAGUCAAUAAAGUUAGUAGAAGGAAGAAACAGUCAAUGAAUCACCACUAAAAACAGACUAAUAAUUCUUUAUUGAAUAAUGA